AUGGCUGAAGAUAAUUUCACAGUUGUUACUGAAUUUAUUCUGUUGGGAUUGACAGAUCGGGCUGAUAUGAAAAUUGUGCUUUUUGUGUUGUUCCUAGUGAUAUAUGUAGUUACCUUUGUGGGGAAUCUGGGCAUGAUCUUGUUGAUCCGCAUCACUCCCAAACUCCACACACCCAUGUACUUUUUCCUCAGCUGCCUCUCAUUUGUGGAUGCCUGCUAUUCAUCUGCAAUUGCACCCAAAAUGCUGAUAAACCUACUGGUGGUGAGGGGAACUAUUUCUUUCUCUGCCUGCAUGGUGCAGCAUUUGUGUUUUGGGGUGUUCGUUACCACGGAAGGUUUCCUGCUGUCAGUGAUGGCAUAUGACCGUUAUGUGGCCAUUGUGAAUCCUUUGCUUUACACUGUAGCCAUGUCUAAGAGGAAGUGUGUAGUGUUAGUCACAGGGUCAUGGAUAUGUGGAACAAUUAACUCAUUAAUACACACAGUAAGUUUGGGCAAACUGUACUUCUGUGGUCCAAAUGUUGUCAGCCACUUUUUCUGCGAUAUCCCCUCACUGCUGAAGCUGUCAUGUUCUGAUACCUCCCUGAAUGAGUUGUUGCUGUUGACCUUCUCUGGAGUCAUUGCCAUGGCUACCUUCUCGGUUGUGAUCAUUUCCUACAUGUUCAUCAUUGUUGCUAUCCUGAGGAUCCGCUCAGCAGCUGGCCGACAGAAAGCCUUCUCCACCUGUGCUUCUCACCUGAUGGCUGUGACCAUAUUCUAUGGCACCUUGAGCUUUAGUUACAUUCAGCCAAGUUCCCAGUAUUCUGUAGAACAGGAGAAGGUAGUUUCUGUGUUCUAUACACUAGUGAUUCCCAUGUUAAACCCAUUGAUUUACAGUGUGAGAAACAAAGACGUGAAGGAUGCUAUGAAAAGAGCAGUAGAAAUUAAGCAUUUUCCCUGUUGA